AUGGGCGCGGGUGGCAAGUACCACCGCGGUAUUGGGCCCGUGGGGUGCUCGGGUGCAGGCUCGGGUUUGAAAUCCCUCGAACCGAGAGCUACCAUGAAACUGUUCCAACGGGUCUCGGGUCCCGCAGACCAAAAAGAAAUAAAACCUAAAACACCCAGUGGUAUGGGUGUAGGCGGUCUAAGGCGAUUGAAGGGUAAUAUUUAA